CAGGAGGUUCAACUUUGUCCUAGAACAGAGGACAGAUUCAGGAACACAGCUGAGUGGAGGACGCCUUUCAAACUGACAUACUCAGAUAUUCUCUCUGGAUCUUAACCAUUUUCUUCUGUACGCUUGUAUUUCUGUUUGUGAUUCUAGUGCCUGGAACAUGGCACUUCUCUCAGACAAGGCUUAUUCUGGGAUUGAACUCCUAGACCUGCUCCUCGAGCCUCAUAGGAUCCCUCAUCUGGAGAGCAGUGGUGACCAUGGCAACCCCGUGUGGUCAAUCACAGAUCAAAGCAUUCUGUGUCAUGGUGAAGGUGUUGUUGAUAACUUCCUGGACUCCCUGUUGCAAGCUUCAGAUGGCGUGCCACAGUCCUGCUCUCCUCCCUGGGUCCCCUCACCCUCUGACAGUGGAAUCAGCGAUGACACCCCCUCUGACCACCUGGACAGCCCUCCGGCGCCCACCAGUCCGCUUUUCGACCCUGUCUUCCUCCCUCAGCAUCCUCAUCUUCUUCCUCAACAUCUUCAUCAGCGAGACACACCUGUCACAAACACAGAGCCUGAUAUCUCCAUUGAUCUGGCAGAUUGGGAGGCCUGUCUGUUCUCUGAAGGUCUGACAGACUCUCAGUGCACAUCAGCAGUGCAGAGAAAUGAACCAGCCACCGUUUACCAGCUCACCGUAAAAGACCUGCUGCUUUCCAACAUCGCAGAAGCUUCGAAACCCUCCACCCAGCAAUCCCAGCAAGAACUGCUUCUCAAUGAAGAUGAGAAAAAGCUUUUAGCCAAGGAAGGAGUCAGUCUUCCCAGCCAGCUGCCACUUAACAAGUAUGAAGAAAAGGUUUUGAAGAAGAUUCGGAGGAAAAUCCGCAACAAGCAGUCGGCGCAGGAGAGCCGCAAGAAAAAGAAGGAAUAUGUAGAUGGACUGGAGGGCAGGAUGGCUGCCUGUAGCACUCAGAAUCAGGAAUUACAGAGGAAAGUCUUCCAGCUGGAGAAAACCAACACGUCUCUGAUGGAGCAGUUACGCCGGCUGCAGUCUCUGGUGAUGAACGGCUCCUGUAAACCGGCUCAGACGGGAACAUGCAUCCUGGUGCUGGUCCUUUCCUUCUCUCUCAUUCUCAUCCCGAGCCUCCAGCCCAUCUCACACAGGAGGGCCGCUGACCCCGGGGACUUCAGCCCCGUGAAAGUUCAGUCCAGGUCACUGCGCUCGGUGAUGGAGGUGUACUCAGUCAACAGGGACGUGGACGUGUCGUCUUCCACCCACGGCAAGCUUCGGCUCAGGCCCGAGUACGCCGACAUGGACCCUCUACAUCACAACCACAGCUACAGAGAUGGCGAGCAUCAUCACAGAGAUCCCAUCACGGGCCACGCUGCCACACUGAGGUGGAUGACACAUCCUGAGAAAGACAGGAAGUGAUGUCAUGGAUUGGCGAACAUUUUAUCAGACAUUUGACCAAGGCGCCGCCACUCAUUCCAUCCACAGACAGGAAGUUACUGUCUGACAGACAUGCAAAGCAGCAAACUGCUGUUUGUUUUGCUUGUGUGUGCCAUUUAGCUGCAGAUUUAUCUGAAGAGAUUACACUGCGAUUACAGAAUGGAACUUUAAAAAAGUAAAAUGUUUCGAAAAUGUACAUAUUUUAUAGAUGCUUCAGUUUACUUGAAAAUAAUGCACCUUAAACUGUAUUGUACAAAUGUCAUGUAAAUACAGUAAUCUGGCAAAUCUAGAGCCUGUUUCAUCCUCAAGCGUUCAUUGCAUGAACAUUUGUUAACAUAAAUUGAUUCAAGUACUAUGGCUAAUCUAGUAGCUAUUUAAUCUCAAGUGUUCAUUGCAGCAGCAUUUGUAAAUAUUUGACCACUUCAUCGCAGAUCCUUCCGGCCAAAAACACCCACAGACAGGAAGUGACCAUCUGAUUGACAUGCAAAGCAGCCAACCACAGUAUGUUUUGCUAUUAACAUUUAGGUAUGAGUUUAUCUAACCGCAGCAAUAUAUUGAAACUGGAAAGCAUGCAAAAGUUGUACAGAAAACUAAACAAAUUGGGUAAAAUACAAAUCACAGAUGCACAAAUGCACACAGAAUAUCGUACAAAGAGUUGCAACUAACCUGGCAAACUUUGGCAAAUCUAGUUAUUAUUUCAUCCUCAAGCAUUCAUUUCAUCAACAUCUGUAAACAUCUUAAUUUACUUGCCAUUUCAUUGUGGCUUUAUCUAAAUAGAUUACACCACUAUAACGAACAAGAAUUGGAAAAAUAAUGCAAAUAAUAAUGCAGCAGCAUACAAAAAGUUAUGGAAAUAACACACACAAAUAGUACAGAAAACAUACACACAAAAAUAAUAUAGUGUAAAGUUUUGCAGGUUUGUCUUUAAAGCCUGUAAUGGAAAAAUAAUACAAAUAAUGAUUAUGUAUAUACAUAUUGCAUGGAUGCUUAAGUUUACUUGCAAAAACAUACCUUAAACAAGCUACAGUAUAUGGUACAAAGAUCUAAUGCAAAUAACCUGGCAAUUCAAGCACAAAAUGACUAUUGCAAGCGUUCAUUGCAUAAACUGCAUGAAACCAACAAGAAAGAUGUUUUCUGUGCAAUAUGCAUCAGUGAGUGAGCAUAGUCAUUCCUCUGCAUCUAUUGCCCUAAAUAUUUAUCUCAAGGGUUGUUUCUUUUUUUAAUUUGGUUCUGCACAGAACUCCCUUGAGUGUUUUGACUCGGCUUUUGAAUACUAAACAACUUUAACCUUUGUUGCUCCAUGAACCACACACACAAACCAUGUAGUGUUACAUGCAACAUGCAGCAGAUAUGAACCCUAAAAUGGCUAUGAAUGUGAACAUUUGUUCAAUCAGGUAUUUGCUCUUUCUCGCUCCACCUCUUCCUCCAGGCAGCUGCUGCCUGACUAUCACAAUAUGUGUAUAAUUGGACCCGUGGAGUAUUGCACAUCUCCAGACCUCAGUGUUCAUCAGCGCAUCAGGAGUGGUCAAGGGCACAUGCUGCUUUCCAUUCAUUAAAAACCAGCGUUCACUCCAACAUGCACCAGAGUUUCAGGUGCAGCUACUGAUGUGGUGCACAUUAGAGGUAAAGGAGAGGUGGCGAGGAAUAACAAUUACUGGUUUCACACGGUGUCAGUGCUUUUGCAUCAAAACUGCACCGCAGGCGGCCGCUGGCACAAAGUGUGGAGCUCCAGGAAAUACAGAACAAUCUUGGACAGAAUAAGCAGCUUUGUUUUUCUUCUGCCUUAAGGCUUAUACAUUUUUGUUUUACUUGGUGUAUUAUUAGUUUUACAUUACAAACUACAUAUUUGAGAAUAGUACUGAUCAACUGGUAAAAGAUAAAUGAGUUUGUGGAAUUGUAUUUUCCAAAGAUAAAGGUUUUAAAAUUUUACAACAUUAUGGUAAAACUUUGACUAAAUUUAACUGUAUUUAUUUCCUAUUUCUUUAUAUUUGUAUGAUGUUUGCAGGUGUAAUUAAAUAAC